AUGUCGAAGAAAUCUGAUCCACUGUAUGUACCAGUCAACACGUGUGAAGACGACACAGUCGGUCUUCUUCGGACGAUCGAUGAAGUUCAAGUAGACGAGGGUGAAACCAACGUUACUUCGCCCGAAGAUAAUAAUUGUGACGGCGGCGUUCGAGUAGUAGACAUGGUUGGGUUGAUACGGAACGGGCUGCAUGCGCGGAGGUGCGCGAGCAGACGACGGUCCACCGCGAUCAUCCACGUUUUGUUAACUGUCGUUCUGGCAAGUUUUUUGCGUUCGACCUUGGCGUUUGAAAGGACAGAUGGGUUUCAAGGCGAGCUUGAAGAUACCGCACACGAAGGACCGGGAGCAUCAAGGAGUUCGGUGGCGAACGAAACCGCGGCGCUGGGGUGUGCAUGGGGGAUACCUUGUCCGCCAGUGGCUCAGGCGGUGGUGGAUGUCGUGUCAGAUCCACAUGGUGCUGCCGAAGAUGCUGCGAACCUGGCUGGAGAUGGACUCAAUAGUGCUGUAGAUGCAGCAGCGGCUGGGGCAACAUUUUUGUACGAUCAAGGGACGGCAGCCGCGAGCGCAGCAGCGGCAGCGGCGACAGAGUUGGCGUCGGCUGGAUUUGAAUUCGCCAAGGGUGCGGCCACAAGCGCAUACGCGAUGGGUUGCUCCGCGGCGGCGAUGGCUUGGAACACGGCGACGGCGGUCUAUGACCGUAUGAGCGACCCAGAAAAAUUUUUGUCAGACAUGAUUGACAGCUUUCCCACAUCUUUGGGGGAUUUGAAGUCGCUUUCGGGCAAGGCACUCGCAGUCGGUGGAGAAGCCUUCGUGGAGAUGAAUGCGAAUAAUCCCGUUGGACGCCAAGCGCUCGCUGCUGUCAAAAAGGCAAACGAAAUCGGCGGCAAGUACGGUUUCGAGAACCUUCAGAAAUUCACCGCUGUGGGCGCGUCGUUGACGAAUCGCGUUAUCCCCGGCGGUGGCAUAAUUUUUGAAGCCGUGGACGUCGUCGGUGAAACGGCGCAAGAUGCUGUGGAUACUGCGAUUCUCAUCGUGGAGUCUAUGCUCAACGCUCUUGAGUGCAAAGUGUCGCCAGUCGAUGUUAUGGAGGUGAUACAAAAAGUUGUCAUCGAACAAAUAUCAAGCUGGAAUGCGUUUGCGAAAAUGUUCGAGGAGAAGAAGGGGACUGACUUCUUCUACAAACUCGAUCAUGUCAUCUGCAAUACUCUUUGGACAGUGGCUAUGCCGCAUGCGGACUUGAUGGUGACGGCGAUUGGCGUCCUCCUGGAAAAAGUCCAAGCCACUUGUCCAGGAGUUAUCCCAGCGGAUUCCAAACCAGCAGCUACGCUGGGGUUGAUUUUUGACGCGUCUGUAAAAGGGGGCUCAAUGAAAGGUGUAUCUGCUGAGGUUGGCAUCGGUGCUGACAUUGAUGGGAACAAAUUUUGCUAUUUCGGCUCCUGCGCUUACGCAGGUAUAUCGUUUGGUGGCUACGGUGCUGAUGGGACGAUGUUGGCGGGACUCAGUGUUUGGAAGUCUAUGGAUUCAGUUCCGGGCACCUCGAGUACAUUUGCGUUCGCGGCCGAUAUCACCAUGCCAUUACUCCCCUCGUUUGAUCCCGGAGUCACGUUCGUUUCAAACGACGCCGGGCUCAUCGGCAUCAGUGUCUCAAAAGAAAUCCCCGGCGGCGACGAACCAAGUGGUGAAUUUUCGGUCACGAAAGGGCGAUGCGUAACGCCUGUUUGUGUCAAGACAGAUGGUAAUCCUUGUGGUGAGGGUCAGGCUGCUUGGUCCGACGUGGGCUCGCAUGCGACUGCUGCAGUGGAGGCGAUCAAGACGGAUGAGUGCAUAGUUGCUGGUGCCGGUGUGAUUGAACAAAAUGGUGGAAUUUCCGUGAGUCGAGAAAUCCGGUUACCGGCGUCUGGGGUGAACCUUCUUGCCGAUGCUGAGGCAAACCCGACGGGAAUGAAGAAUUUUAAGCCCUCAAGCGUGAGGAUUCCUGAGGGUAAAUUCUUACUUGCGUUUACCGGUGGUGAUGAAGCAUUUAAGGGGAGCGAGACAGUGAUUCGUAGCUAUAAGUCAAAACUCAACAACCGUUUGUAUUCAAUGACGUCCUUUGUCGUUUCUGACAUUGCAGCCGAGUUUCACGAAGAAGCGCCAAAAUCAGUUGGCCCAGAACAUGCUGGUUCAAUCAGUAAAUGUAAAGCGAUGUGCGCGGUGAAGAAACACUGCUGCAAUACGGAUGAAUCCAUCGGAAGUAACCAGUAUCUAAGCUGCCUACAGGCAUGCGUCGUCCGCGUGCGUGGAACCGACGAGCGGACAUGUAACUCUUACUGUGCAUCUGCAACGACUUCUCGUCACAUUAAUGGUUACAUGUACAACCUCGCAACAUCUUGCGCUGAUGUCGUUGCAUCCGAAGGAAAGUUAUGUUCUACUCGGUACGGUAGCGAUCGUUCAACCUGCCUAUACGGUUGUUCGAUCGGACGCGACCCCGAACAAUCGCUCGCAGUCGUCAAAUCCACUGGAUUCUAUAUGCAACUUCCUGCGGCACAUGUUACCCCCAGGUCGACGAAUAAUUUGCGCGAUCGGACGUUGAGUAGUGUGAUUGUUCGAGCCGGGUUUGUUGUUAAACUGUACGCCGGGCGCGACCUGAAAGGUCAAUACCUGACGCUCGGGAGUUCGGCGACGCUGUAUGGUAACCAUGCGAGGUUCUAUUCAUCCUUACGCGGAUCAUUCCCGAACACGAAGUUUGCCUGGGCAAAUUUCAAUGACAGAACUCGGAGCAUCGCCAUCUUGGAGGCGCCUGUGACGCUUUAUACGCAACCCAAUUUCCAUGGCGAUCAUGAAUCAAAACUUGAGCAUGCAUUUGACUACACCAGUCUCGGUCCGACAGUCGGGGACAGGCAUGUUAAUUCCAUCUUUCUAAGAGAAGGAUCUGUGGUUGAAGUAUACGAGGGACGCAGUUUCAACGGUCGAGGCAUGCAGUUCAUAUCCAGCGUAUCAGAUGUCCGCCGCGCAACUGAAUCCAUCGGUGACCUUUCUAGACCGACAUGGCAAAGAGUUUAUGGAACUGCAAGUAUGGUUGACGCGGGUCGUGAAGAAGUAUAUAGUAUUCACGCAGAUGACGUCGCAAAUACAAAGCCAGUUGAUAAUUCUGGUGACUGGUCGGACUUUUUGACACUGAAGUGGAGUCAUAUUUCUGUUGGGCCCACAGGCCAUGUAUGGGCGAUUCGUAAACCUUACGGCAACGCUUAUCACUGCAUGCCACAUCAAACCUCUUGCAAGACCAAAUGGGAGUAUACCAGGCUCACCCAGCUGGAUGCUGGAAGUUUGUACGUUUGGGGGGUGACGUACUCGGGAUACGUAUACAGGCAUCUCGUGAACACACACGAGGGUUCAUGGACACGUGUAAAUGCGCCAGAUACGAUGAAGCAUAUCUCAAUAGGCCCAAGUGGCGAUGUCUGGGCGGUAUCGACGACGAAUAAAGUAUAUUUCUGCGUGCAUCCGUGUACUGGAUCGUGGCGUGUCAUCGGCGCAUCCGCACCCGUAAAACGUCUCAUAUUUACUGUGAACAAUGACAAAUAUAUGGCUCGUGUCGAUUUGAAGACUGACGGUAGUAUUAAUUUCAACGCUGGUCAUAAAGUAGCUGGCUGGUUGAGUCUAAGCGGAAUCACGUACGCCACGAGCGGUCUCAACUAUCUUUCCCUAAACUCGCGUUAUUGGGAACAUUAUAGUGGCAUGAAUGGCUACUGGUCGCCAGCCCAAUACUCGUGCUCGAACGGCCUCGUUUCUGUGACUGGGCUCGUGAAGACAAAAAAUCAUGGCUGGGGGCAGGUCAUCGGUACUCUCCCGUCAGGGUGUCGUCCGACGAAAGCACUCAUCUUCACCACGAAUAACCACGAUGAGCAGGCGCGAGUGAACGUAUACGCCGACGGGACGAUCAAAUGGGGUGCCGGCGGCAAGGGUCACGGAUGGUUGAGCCUAAGUAACAUUGUCUUUUCGACCAGUGGCAACGCGCUUUUACCUCUGAGCAAUGGUUGGGCGCACUACAGUGGCACGAGUGGCUACUGGUCGCCUGCUGAGUACUCGUGCGCCGACGGCCUCGUGGUCUUGAGUGGAUUAGUACGCGGUAGUAACUGGGGUUCUACUAUCGGCACUCUUCCUCCGGGUUGUCGUCCGAAACAAGCUCUCAUCUUCACCACGAACAACAGCGAUAAGCAAGCGCGAGUGAACGUGUCACCGGGGGGGGUGAUCAAAUGGUCACGUGGUGGCAAGGGCCACGGUUGGUUGAGCCUGAGCGGCAUCGUAUUUGCAAUGACUGGGCUGCAGUUGAUGCCUCUGAGCAACGGUUGGAAGUACUAUAACGGCGCGAGAACGAGCGGGUAUUGGGCACCCGCACAGGUCGCGUCUGUGCGCGGCCUCACCGUUGCUCAAGGCCUUAUCAAAGGCGGUGGAUGGGGUGGAACAAUGGCAAAAAUUACCGGUGGAUGCGGAUAUAUGAGUGAUUUAAUGUCCCUGACUAAGAAGAACGCGGGUCAACAUAGCACAGCACAUAAUGGCGUUGCAAGCCGCCCGUUGACGUCGACUCCAAAUGGGCGCUGGGGGGGUGGCACGUGCACGCACACGAAUCAUGCGUCCGACCCAUGGUGGCGACUUGAUAUGGGGACGACGAGGACCUUGAGUUCGGUGGAGUUGUUGAAUCGCAACGACUGCUGCAGUGACCGCUUUAUCGGCCUCCGCGUCUACAUCAGCAAUCAUAACUCCUACGUAAAGGAUCAUCCGAGUAACAAACAGUGCGGGCAGACGUUGGGAUCGCCGAAUACUGCCUGGAAUAUAUUCGACUGCGGCGAUGCCAUCUCUGGGCGCUACGUAUACGCCACCCUAUAUGGUAAAGCAGCACCGUUAACUAUCUGCGGUGUCAGGAUGUUCGAAUCAAAUACGAUGAUAAAGCAGCUGGACGUUGGAAAGCGCUAUGUUUACGGAACCAGUACGAAUGGUCAUCUUUUUAAAAUCCGUGCCGAUGGGGGCGAGGAUAACUGGUCCCUCGUACAUCGUUAUAGCGAAUUCGGCGGUAUUGAUGCCAAUUAUGUUUCAGUCUCACCGCAUUCCGAACAAUCGUCGUUCCUGUGGGUUACAAACCAAGCGAACGAAAUUUAUCGCCAAUCCAUCGGAAUACAAAUCUCUUCCAUGAGAGUCGCCUCGGCAAUCGUAACUGCUUACAAAGGUGUGGGAUUUACCGGUGAUAGUCUGCCCCUGACUUCCGGUUUUUAUAACUUUAAGACGCUCGAGGCAGACUCAGACGCCGGAUUUAAGCUCACGAACCUCAGAGCGUUUGUGCGAAGCAUCAAGUCUAUAAGGAUCCAUCCAGACUACGAGGUUGAGCUGCGCGGUUAUAAUCAAGCACGAGCAGUCGUCACCUCUAGUACAAUGGGAGUACACGAUUUUCAUAAACUGGACACAGAGGGCAAGGAACACGAAGAGAAUAUAGUUGGAGCUACAAGAUUUCCGCGACCGAGCGGUGUCUCACGCAAAUCGACGUUUAUGCCAAUCGAAGCAACUACGCUAGGAACAUGGAUCCAAACACGAACUGCCAACGUUUACGUGAUGUCAGAUCUAUCAGCCACCCCAAGUGCUCUCAUUAGGUACAUUGCUGCGUACGGCGAUGCAGAAUAUUGCAAAAUGAUCAUGUUUCACGUGCGUCACGGCGAUGAAGUCUCUGUUGUGCCUGAGGAGGCUGGAUAUGCGACUUUUGGCAUCAGAGAUGCGUCUUCCGACAAGUGUCAGAAUCGCGACGGUGUACUAUCGCUCUGGCGUAUAAAGCAAACUCCGAGAUUGGCGCGCCGCGCGACAGAUGCAGGCUACGGCAUCGGAAAGUUGAAAUUCUCGAUUUUGGGAGGCUGGACGGGAGAAAUAGCCUCAAUGAAAGUGAUGAGAAAACUCACUUAUGUCCAAGGGUACUCCGGUGGCCGUCAUCGUAAUGAGGGAGGAAAUCCAAAACGGACUCCACGAGAAUGUCGGGACAUCGCUAAAAGCAAGGGUUUACCUGCCUGGGGAUUUCGAACCGGCCGUCAUAAUGAUCCUAACUGGCGGUUUACGUGCUUCUUUUAUGAGCACGGAUUUGGGAGAUUUGCGGGUAAUGAUGACACAAUGCAUAUGACAGGAUGCGUCGAUAUAUCCCGAAAGACCGCAAAUGGCUGCGCACUGAGCGCAUCAGCCAGCGCGCGGUUGGGUUCUGAAGACUUAGAGACUUACCCUCGCGCGAUGGCGAGACCAAAGGCGAGACUGCUAGAAUCAGACUGGUACUAUAUCUCUGUCUGCUGUGUUCUCGUCAGCCUAGCGUCUGUGGUAGCGUUCGUCGCAUUUCGACGCUCGCGAACGUCGGGCAAACGCAUUCUACUUGAACGAGUCUCAACGAACUACGGUGCCACAAUUUAAACAAAUCAUUUCAAACCAUCCUAUUAUUGGCAUUGUGGUAAGUACAAUCGAC